AUGGUCGACACAUCCAUGUUCACAAAGCACUCUACUUGUGGAACAUUGAUUCUUCUCCUUUACGUUGAUGAUAUUAUCCUCACUAGAGACAAUGGCGAUGCACUUAGCACCUUCAUCAAAUGCUUAAGCACUGAAUUUGCAAUGACUGAUUUGGGUGAACUUCAUUACUUUUUAGGUGUUGAAGCCACUCGGACAAUGGCUGGUUUACGCCUAACACAGACAAAAUAUAGUCUUGACCUACUACAAAAAACAAGCAUGACUGGUUGCAAACCAUGUCGUACUCCGGUGGCUUCUGGCUCAAAACUCUCCGCCGCUGAUGGGUCGACAUUAGUUGAUCCCCAUGAGUAUCGUCAAGUUGUUGGUGCCUUGCAAUACCUAACACUUACUCGCCUUGACCUCUCAUAUUCAGUCAAUCAAGCAUGUCAGUUCAUGCAUGCACCCACGACUGCCCACUAUGAUGCAGUCAAGCGUAUCCUUCGAUACCUCAAACACAUUCUAGGUGCAGGCAUUGACAUCAAGCCAGGUCCAAUCUCUAUCAUCACUACGUUCACCGACGCCGACUGGGCUGGUUGUCCAGAUACAAGACGAUCUACAACUGGUUUCUGUAUUUUUCUUGGAUCAAAUUUAUUGUCUUGGGGAUCCAAGAAGCAACCUACUAUUUCUCGCUCUAGCUCGGAAUCUGAGUAUAAGGCUCUAGCGGUUACUGUUUCAGAAGUGUUAUGGCUCUCAUAUUUGCUAGAUGACCUUCAUGUUCCCAUUUCCCUUCCACUCAUCAUCAAUCGUGACAAUAUAUCUACAACAUACAUGGCUGCUAAUCCUGUUCUUCAUGCUCGAACCAAACACAUCGAAGUAGACUAUCACUUUGUACGUGAAUUGGUUCUCACCAAAAAGAUCAAGGUGCAAUUUGUACGUUCUUCGGACCAGGUUGCUGACAUCUUUACCAAGGGCCUAUCCUCACCAUUGUUCAAGUCACAUAGAUCCAAACUAAUGUGGUUACCACCCAUUAGUUUGCAGGGGGAUGAUAACACAUAUGAUACACAUGCUACAACUCAUGCCCUCCAUGCAAUCACUGUCAACUCUUGCCAAGAUGAGCUAAUUUACCAUAUAUAUACUAUGUAA